GUCUACAUCCAUUGGCCAUAUUGUAAAAAGCAUUGCCAUUAUUGCAAUUUCAACAAGGUUGUUCAACAACUGGUCGAUCAUGAUCGUAUGACUGAAUGCAUGAUACGAGCCGUGAAAGGAUUACUCCAGUUAGGCCAUGUUAAAACGGUGAAAUCGAUCUAUUUUGGUGGAGGUACUCCUAGCUUAUGUAAGCCUGACAAUAUCCAAAGAAUGAUAUCAGCAAUCAGCCAAUGUGCAACACUAGGAGAUGAUAUUGAAAUUACUAUGGAAGCCAAUCCUACUUCAACAGAAAUGGAAAAAAUGGGACAUUUUAAGCAAGCAGGCAUUAAUCGAUUAUCCCUUGGCAUACAAGCACUCAAUGAUAAAGAUUUACAAAUUUUAGGUCGGGAUCACGACGCUGCACAAGCUAAACAAGCUAUCGAUAUCGCUAAAGCUCAUUUUCCAAAGAGGACAUCCAUCGAUUUAAUUUUUGCAAGACCAAAUCAGACAAUUCCGGAAUGGUCUACAGAGCUGGAAAAGGCCAUUAGCAUGUGUGACAAUCAUGUAUCACUGUAUCAGUUAACACUUGAACGCGGAACAAAGUUACACAAGCAAGUACAGCAGCAAAGCUUACACCUACCUGACGAAGAUAUAAUUGCACAAAUGUAUGAAAAUGCAAUCAACACUAUGCGCCGCUAUGGAUAUCAACGUUACGAAGUUUCCAAUUUUGCAAAACAGGGUGCAAUUAGUCAACAUAAUUUAUCCUACUGGACAUCGAAUGAUUACAUUGGCGUUGGUCCAGGAGCGCAUGGUCGUCUUAUUAUUCCAUCACUUGAAUAUCAACGUUAUGCUAUGAUUCAAUGUUUAUCGCCAAAUCAUUGGAUGACGAUGGUAGAACAAGGCAAAUUAGGAAUACAAAAAAUGCAAAAACAAUCUGAAAUGGAACGAUUAACUGAACUUAUACUAUUAGGCAUGAGAACACCUGCUGGAAUCUCAAGAAAGCGCUGGGAUAGCAUCGCAUCUCCAAAACUAGAAUUCAAUAAGGUUUUU